ACUGUUGGGCGAAGGUAAUUUUUUUGUUGCUGUGCAAUUCCUCUCGUUUAAACGCAAUUUGAAGCUAAAGCAUUGUUUGGCUGCAUAUUUCUCAUCAGAAUGACAAUCAAAGUUGGAAUUAAUGGUUUUGGCCGAAUUGGUCGACUUGUGAUGCGUGCAUCACUAGAACAUCCAGAAGUUACUAUUGUUGGUGUUAAUGAUCCUUUUAUUGAUCUUGACUACAUGGUGUACAUGUUCAAGUUUGACUCAACACAUGGUAGAUUCAAGGGAACAGUUGAAGCAAAAGAUGGUAAACUUGUGGUUAAUGGUAAUCCAAUUGCUGUGUUUGGUGAGCGUGACCCUAAAAACCUUAAAUGGGGAUCAAUUGGUGCAGACUAUGUAGUUGAGUCUACAGGUGUUUUUACCACUUUGGAGAAAGCUGGUGCUCACUUGGAGGCUGGAGCAAAGCAAGUCAUUAUCUCUGCUCCAUCAAAAGAUGCUCCAAUGUUUGUGAUGGGUGUAAAUGAAAAGUCUUAUGAAAAAUCUAUGAAAGUUGUUAGCAAUGCUUCAUGUACAACCAACUGUCUUGCACCAAUUGCCAAAGUGAUAAAUGAUAAAUUUGGUAUAGAGGAAGGUUUGAUGAGUACUAUUCAUGCAUAUACAGCUACCCAAAAAACAGUUGAUGGACCAUCUUCUAAGUCAUGGCGAGAUGGUCGAGGUGCCCAUCAAAAUGUAAUACCAGCAUCGACUGGUGCAGCUAAAGCUGUUGGUAAAGUUAUUCCUGAGUUAAAUGGAAAAUUAACUGGAAUGGCUUUCCGUGUUCCUGUUCCAGAUGUGUCUGUGGUUGACCUUACUGUCAAAUUGAAGAAAAGUUGUUCGUAUGAUGAGAUCAAAGCUGCAGUGAAGUUAGCAUCUGAAUCUAAAGAGUUGAAUAAAUAUUUGGGCUAUACUGAAGACCCUCUGGUCUCUUCAGAUUUUAUUGGAGACACACACUCAUGUAUUUUUGAUGCACAAGCUGGGAUUGCAUUGAAUGAUAAGUUUGUAAAACUUGUUGCUUGGUAUGACAAUGAAUGUGGCUACAGUCAUCGCGUUGUUGAUCUCAUUAAAUAUAUUGCUAGUGCUUAGUUUCAAAUAAAUGACUUUGGUGUUGCUUAUUGAAUUUAAUGUGUCUUGCAUAGUUCAACUAAAGAUAAAUAAAAACUUUUAAUACAAUUAA